AUGAACAUCAUGGAAGCAUUACUGCAUCCCAUCGUCUCCAUCUUUGCGCCUCUACCAGCUCUGCAACAGCACUUGACGCCGAGCGGUAGGGUUCCCGGAGCAGCGCUUCGAGUUCCACUAGGAAUAGCUCGCAGCAUAGCCAACUUUUUCGCUCUUCUCCUAGGCACCCACAUUCUCCUGACCAUCCAUCUGUACAGGAUCAUACCGAAAGCUACUUACGGGUACGCAAAUGCUCAAGGUGCGCAGUUGGAAGGCAAUGAGGAUCGCGAUGGGUUCACGUAUCCCACGCAUCGAAGGCUUACUGCCGCGAGACAAAGACUUGAAGGGCCUACUGCGACCUUGAGGAGAGCGGUUCGAGAAAGGGGACUGCAGAUGGUACAAGCGAUGCAAAGUCAUGGCGGUUUAGCUGCGUGAGCAGAUUGCAUGCCUCGUGCCCGCACGCCCAUGUUCGUUGGCUGAAACCCUGACCAUCUCUGUUGCCGCGGCCUUCAGCGGGCUCGUCACUUAUCUGGAGCUCGCUCCCGAGACGCCGCAGGCCGUCUCGCCGAUAUUUGCUCGGCUGCCAAGCGAGAUCAUCACGCUGAUCUUGAUGUACGCAGCAUCUCCUCAAGCCUCGGCUUCGUUGCCAUCCACCAUCGCCCAAGUCUCUUCGAUUCAUGCCUCGCUUCUGACCCCUCGUCUCUAUCAGCACGUGCUUCUCCUCACCCCUCGUUCCGUGCACCUUCUUCGACGAACGCUAGCGCUACACCGUCCAGAUCUAGGUCGACAAAUCCGCAGCAUCCACAUCAAAGCGCCCCAUCCAGGCGCGCUCGAACAGAUUCUUUUGGCGAUUCCCAAUCUGCGCUCUCUCUCCCUCUCCGCUUCAGCCCACGACGCCUUCUGCUUGUCUUCAGGUUCAAGAAUAUUCGAUUGCGCCACCCCUUCGCUAUUGCAUCUCGAUUGCGUACCUUCGCCUUUACCCGUCUUUAGAAAGGUGAAGCACGCCGUCUUGUCUCUUCGACACUUUGAUGUGAUGACAGCAAGGCAAGUUCGCAUCGCCUUGCCUUCACUUCGGACCAUCGAGAUCUGGUACGACCUAGGCAUCAAUGACUUGGGUCCUCAUCCGUGGAGUAUGGGUGGAAGACCGCGCGCGGGGCUUUCCACCGUUGCAGAGGCUUUGCGUGUCCUUCGCUCCGAAGGCAAAAGGCUGGAAGGUGUGACGGUGUGGGCCAACGUUCGCAUCAAAGGAGCCCUCAAGCGUCGACUAGGGUCUGUAAAGGACGAGGGGCGCGGAAGCUACUACAGCAUUCUGAUGGAGCCCGCGUUGGAGAGGCAGUGGAUCUCUGUUGACGAAGAUGGAUUGGAGAGACCUUCCUUGGUUGUUGCUCGGCCCUCCAUCGUGCGGACCGCCUCAGCGGCCGCAGCAGAUGAACUGCUAGUGGACAGGGAAGAUGAGCCUGCACCACUGAGAAUUUUGAGGGCUGAUCGCCCCAGAGCUGUUGCAGGAGAGUGGAGUGAGAGCCAGCUUGCCAAUGCGUGGCAGCUUUGA